AUGGAACCUACUCAGCGGCGUCAGCUCCACAGCUGUGACCCUUGUCGUAAAGGCAAACGAGGCUGCGAUGCACCGAAAACUCGUAAAGACGGCGGAGUUAACUCUUGUUCCAAUUGUAAACGCUGGAACAAGGAUUGCACGUUCAACUGGGUUGCCUCAAAACGUGCCAAUGUCAAAGAGAGCCGAAAGGAGGUUCGAAGAAAGACACGCCCACCCGCUGCAACUCCGUCGCAUGAUUCCGAUAUUCAGUCUCUUACCCAGUCGUAUGGUGCAGAGUUGGACGAGAUUUUGCGUUCUGUUAACUCUUACCCUGCCAACUUGAGAGAUGUAUUCACGUUCACGAAUACUCCGCCGAACCUUGUUCCUACUGCUUAUAAUCCAGAGGAUAUAUUUUUCGAAGGGAGUUCGAGGAGUGGACCACGGAGUGAUCAUCAAUCCACCUUUUCUAGCUGGACGUCCAAUAUUCCAGUCCAUGAACAAAUAACCACCGUGACUCCAAGCUCCAACAGUAGCCUGGAUACCGUGGAGCCGGACUCUGCCUUUGGUGCGCCUCUUCCAUCUACGCUCGAAAAUGAGGUCAAUGCAACGGAGGACGCCUACGAGGAAGUGCUUUUACCUACCGAGUGCGAGGAGACCAACAACACAAAUUCAUCAAUGCAGCAAUAUAGCUCAAUAGCGAGACAAGAGCCUCAAUGGAGUUUUUGCAUGGCCUCCGACAAAACAGCGAAAGAAUAUGCACGGUCUACAAUGACACGAAACUUGGUACGAAUAUAUCACGAUAGUAUGGAGAACGCGCUCUCGUGCUGGCUAACAGAGCACAACUGUCCUUACGGGGACUCAAUGGGAGAUAUUAUCCCGUGCAGGGAGAAAGAGGCCUGGGCGCCGAACUGGCCGAACAGAAUGUGCAUUCGGGUCUGUCGGUUAGAUCGUGUAUCUUCAACUAUCCGCGGUCGCGCUCUGAGUGCAGAAGAGGAUAGAACUGCGGCUCGAGCUCUUCAUCUGGCAAUUAUGGCAUUUGCCUCUCAAUGGACUCAGCACGCUCAGAAAGGGAUUGGAUCGUCGAUUCCGGCGGCGAUAGAUAAAGAAGAAAGAUCCAUCCGUGAGCAUGUUUGGAACAAAGCACGACAUGCUUUAGAACACACAACCGGCAUUCCUUCUUUCCGUAUCACUUUUGCAAACAUCAUUUUUUCUCUCACCCAAUGCCCCCUGAAGAAUCGACAAGAUCAAUCCUUAAGUCAGCUUUUGGAGGCAGACCGCGCGCCUCUUUUCCUUGAAAACGCAAAUCGCCAAUUAUAUAAGUUUCGACAUAAGCUUACGCGGCUCCAACGGGAGGCAUCCCCAUUAAUGCGAGGACAACGAAGGGAAUCAGUGGCAUCUACAAUGACUGAUGCGUCGGGGAUAUCGCAGUCGUCGGAUGCUCUAGGGGUGGACCCAAUUCUCUCAAAUCAGGAAUAUCGCACCACACUCGGUCUAAUGUUCUGGUUAGGUAUCAUGUUUGAUACCCUUAGCGCUGCAAUGUAUCAGCGCCCACUCGUGGUUUCAGAUGAAGAUAGCCAGAUAUCAUCGGCCUUGCCUACAAUAUUCGGUCCCGGGAAUCCCGAGUAUCAGCUUGAGUCCGGUGGUUGGAACAUUCCUCAGAAGAGGAUACCUGAGAAAAAGGACGUAUGGGGCGAUCUAUUCCUACGCCAUCCAGUUGACUCGGGGCAAUCAAACCAGACUCAGCCCAGAUGGCCAUGCUCCUAUGACGAGGCCGCUUCAGUGCUUUCAGAGGCCACUCCUGUCAAAGUCCUGCUAUACCGACGCAUCACACAGCUCCAAACUCUUGUCUAUCGAGGUGCUCCCUUUGACCGCAUAGAAGAAGUUAUUCAGAAGACUAUUUUGGUUUACCACCAUUGGAAAUCCAAGUAUGAGGGCUUCAUGCUGGACUGUGUUGCAAACCAUGAGCUACUUCCUCCGCGAAUCCAGUCGUGGUACGUUAUUCUUGAUGGCCAUUGGCAUCUCUCAACGAUGCUGCUGGCGGAUGUGAUUGAAGGUAUUGAUCGUGGGAGGCUGGGCUCCGAAUUUGGACGGGAGACUAGGGAAGCUACAAAUUUUGUGUCAACACUGAGAAUGGAUAAUGCUUUUGCUGUUGGUGGCCUUGCUCAAGCCUCGCUACAUGGUCGAGAGCCGACGAUGCACCGACAGUUCCAUGACUCCCUCAAUGAAGUUGCAUUCUUAGUUGAGCCAUGGACUGUUGUUCUCAUUCAUUGCUUUGCAAAAGCCGGAUACAUUUCACUUGAAGGUCUUGAUAUGUCUGGAAAAUAUGGUUCGUUGACGGAGAGCUUGCGUGCAAAUUGUGGUUUCUGUAUUCGUGCACUUGAAUACCUUGGGAGAAAGUCUGACAUGGCUACUGUCGUCGCUCGAACUCUCUCGAAGUCCUUGGAGGCCAAACAAAGCCUGGGGAACGAAAAUUAUGAGGCUGAAAAUUUGACACCAGUCAGUCUAUCUCUAGACAUGGCUGUUUUCAAUGAGCAGCUUACUGGUAACAUUGAUCUAUUGGUGUCUCAGUGA